AUGUCAAAGUUAACAGGCACAUAUUCUGCCGUCGCCGCUUAUGAAUUUACGACAUUGACUACGGUUCCUGGAGUGCUUCAGUAUAAAGGGGCGAAAAUUCAGAUCUUGGAUUUACCUGGGAUUAUAGAGGGUGCACAGGACGGCAAAGGUCGUGGCCGACAAGUGAUUGCAGUGGCCCGCACAUGUUCCCUAAUAUUUCUUUGUCUGGAUGUAUUAAAGCCUCUCACACACAAACGCCUCAUCGAACACGAGUUGGAAGGCUUUGGGAUCCUUCUCAACAAAUCUCCUCCAAACAUCUCGUUCAAGAAAAAAGAGAGGGGCGGAAUUAAUAUGACGAAUACUGUCCCGCUGACGCAUUUGGAUUUGGAUCAAGUGAAGGCUGUCUUGGGAGAGUAUAGGAUUCAUAACGCGGACAUUAAUUUUAGAUGUAAUGCUACAGUGGAUGACCUCAUCGACGUUAUCGAAACGAGAAUUUAUAUUCCGGCUAUUUAUGUACUAAAUAAGAUUGAUCAAAUUAGCAUCGAAGAAUUGGAUUUAAUUUACAAGAUUCCGCACGCAGUUCCCGUUUCGGCUCAUCAUGAGUGGAACUUUGAUGAACUGUUGGAGAAAAUGUGGGAAUAUCUCAAUCUAACUAGAAUUUACACAAAGCCAAAGGGCCAGUUACCAGACUACAGCGCACCUGUUAUACUUCGGCAGAAUAAUCGAACCGUUGAAGAUUUCUGUAACAGUAUCCACAAGACCAUUGUCAAGGAAUUCAAGUAUGCUCUUGUUUGGGGAAGUUCAGCAAAACAUCAACCGCAAAAAGUGGGCUUGACGCACAUGUUAAAUGAUGAAGAUGUUGUACAAAUUAUAAAAUAG